UAACGUUGAACACCAACUCCAAUUAAAAGAACGAAGAAGACGCCAGCAGCUGUAUCCUGUAGCUAGCUGGUUAAACUAGCUACAUUUACUCUGUGUCCGUUAACGGUAGAAAUAAGAAAUACGCGUUGUAUCAAAACACUAAUGUUGUGGAGUCGAACUACAUCGGUUAUAUUUCUCUCCGCGCUGAGUGGCUAACCGCAAAAAAGGAAGCAAUGAACUUCCAGGGCAGUCGGAGGCGAGGAGAGGAUGGCAUUGCCAUGGUGAUUGACUUCCUGCUGUCUAAUGCCCGGCUGAUCCUGGGAGUUGGUGGGGCUGCCAUGCUAGGAAUUGCUACACUGGCAGUGAAACGGCUGAUAGAACGCGCAGGCCGUGCAGCCGAUGAUGAAAAGGUGGAGCAGAAGAUGGCCGAGUUGAGUUUGGUCUCUGCUUCCCCCACACUGAUCAAGAAGGGCAUAAAGGGUGUGGUGAUGAAACAUGUUGCCAAGGCAGCCAAACAGCAAAAAGCUGACCUGUGCCAACAACCUCAGAUGUCCUCUCUGGAGUCUAAACCGGAGUCAAAGUCCAAGAGGCUUCAGCUCUGUGUCCUCAGUUUGCAGGAGCAACUGCAGCAGUAUUAUCACACGAGGGCAGCACUAACUCCACAUGAGGUCCAGAGGGCUCAGUCUCAAGCUCUGGACAUCUGCACUGAGAUCCAGGGCUUUCUGCGCAGCCGUCUUCCCGACAUGCCCCUGGGAGAAAUGAACCUCGGAGGUUCUCUACUGGAUGACCUGCAGGUGGUUAGCGCGGACCAUGCAUGUCUGCUGGUGCCUCUACAGCUGGAAGCUUCUCUGUGGCGUCUCAUCCCGGGAGAGGAAACGCUACUCACACACCCGCUGCACUGGAUGGUCCGCCGGGUCAAUCUGGAAUAUUUCCCCAGAGGACGCAGCUACUGGGACAGGUACCUGGUGGGUGGUUACCUGUCAGCAGAAGCUGUUGUGAACAUGUUUAGUAAAGCUGUCAUGGAAACUAUAAACUGGCCGUCCAUCAGCAGCACUCUGGACUGUCUCGUCAGACCUGUACUGGGAGGACCAGACCUAAAAGUGGAGAUUCGGCCGGGGAACGAGUGGGCAGAGAGCAGUGAUCAGUCCCUGUUUAUCUCCGUGCUGCCUCUGCUGCGGGAGGGGGACGUGGUUCUGACCGCCCAGCCUGAGCUCACCUCUCCCUGGGUCAACGCCUGGCACCUGUCUCUCUACCCGUGGGAGACUCAGCGCCUGAGUCAGCUCGACACCGCUGACGACGGACACCGCAGACACACACUUAAAAUCCUCAAGGCUGUGUGCAGAUUGAACCCUGCCCUGCGGCCACUUCAAGCCGCCCCCCUUGCCAAUCUCAUCCUGCACCUCAGUGACAGUGAGAGCGACUGGUCCGAGAGCAGCCUUCAUGUGCGAUUCCAGCAGUGCAUCACAGAGCUGAUUGGCUACCUCGAACAAGAGGCGUUACACAGUUACUUCAAGCCAGCUGUCAAUCUGCUGAGCGGCUUGUCGGAGGACCAGGUGGACCAGAUGGGCUUCAUGCUCUACUGUGCCGUGUCAGAGCCGGAAAUAUUGCUCAUAUAACUGUCUGCACACACACACACACACACACAAGAAUCUUUUAUCAUUCAAAAUGUUUGGUUCAAGGCAAAGAUAUUUUCCUUCCCACUGUCUAUACUCUUUGGUGAGCCCCUCCGUCCAGCUUUGAUGCAAGGGAACAGGGUACAGUUGGAGCGACAAAAUGGCAGGCCCCAUGGACCGAUGUCUAAACUAGAGGAGGAGAAGCUACAGAGGGACUGCAGAUGUAAAAGUGAUAAUCAAGCUAAAAUAAUCACUCCGAGGAAAGGAGCUGAGCAAGUCUUUAUCAAGAUGUUUGAAGCGAUGCUUCAGGAUGUGCCUGAACGCCACAGCCAAGUGUGCAUUUAAGUUUGCAUGAUUAUAAUUUUUCAUGUGC